CACCAGCAGCCAGCUCAGCAGGCAGAAAUCAAAACUCCGCUACGCAAGUCACACAACCUCAAUCUCUCAAAGAAAAUGGCACCCCCCAGCUUCAAAAGCAGCGUCAGCAUAACGCACAUCGGCACGGCCACCGCGAUCCUCAGCAUCGACGGCAUCAACAUCCUCACGGACCCGUUCUUCGGCCGCGAAGGCGCCACCUGGGGGCACGGCGCAAACACACUGCACGACGCGGAGAAGCCCGCGCUCAGCCUCGCCUCGCUACCACCCAUCGACGCGGUGCUGCUCAGCCACGAAGACCACCCCGACAACCUCGACGAGGUCGGCCGCCAGCUGCUCGACGCGCGCACCGUGCUGACCACGCGCGCGGGCGCGAAGAACCUGGCUCCGCGGCCCGGCGUGCAGGGCCUUGCGGCCUGGGAAGCCGUCACCCUGAAUCUCGGCGGGAAGGCGUUCAAGGUCACCGCUACGCCGUGCACGCACGUGCCCGGCGGCGAGGUCGUGGGCUUCGUGCUCGAGAGCGCCAGCUUCGGCACCAGUCCCGAGGGCCUGCCCAACGCGCUCUGGUUCUCGGGCGACACGGUGUACAUCGAGGAGCUCAAGGAGCUGCGCACCAAGUGGCAUGUUGUCGCCGCGAUUCUGAACCUGGGCUGCGCGCACGCGGUUCUGGAGGAUGGGACCAGCCUGCAGAUCACGAUGGGCGGGAAGGAGGGCGCCAAGUUGGUACGCGAGAUUGGCGCCGAUUUGCUCGUCCCUAUGCAUUAUGAGUCUUGGGGCCAUUUUACCCAGUUUGGGAAGGAUUUGGUUAGGGUGUUUGAGGAGGAAGGUGUUGCUGAUAGGGUUUGUUGGCUUGAGUAUGGAAAGCCGAAGAAUGUGUUUUAGGGGUGGACUGAGGAGCGCUUAGGGAAGCUAUAGAAGUGCGAG